GGGGGUUAAUGGCCGGUCACGUGUGUGCAGCAGCAGCAGAAGAUGGCGGUGUGUGAGGGAGGUGAGCGGCUGCGGCGGCUGCUGCUCUCCCUGGCCGGACUCGGGCUGCUGGUGGCGGUCACUGCCGCAGGGAGCACACAGGGGUCACAGCAACCGCCACCCGGAGAGCACCGGAGCAAGAGGAGCCCGCAGUCCCCCGGCGCCGAGCCCACUGUGCGGGUGUACGGACAGGUCAGCCUGAAUGAUUCUCACAAUCAGAUCGUCGUCCACUGGGCCGGAGAACGGAGCAAUGUCAUUGUGGGGUUAACCAGGGAGAGCCUGGGAUCUCUGAGUGCCAAGAGCAGCAAUGUCUAUGUGUCCUAUGAUUACGGGAAAAGCUUCUCCAGAAUAACGCAGAAAUUCCUUUACCCGACUGACGGCAAGACCAUUCCAGCGGUGGCCCAGUUUUUCCACAGUCCCGCGGACAACAAGAGGUACAUCUUUGUGGACGCUGAUUCCCCUUACCUGUGGAUCACUACAGAUUUCUGCGUCACUGUGAGGGCGUUCUCAGUUCCCUUUAAGCCGACGGAACUUCUCCUGCACAGCACGGACCCCAACCUCGUCCUGGCGUAUGAUAAGUCCCACCCAAACAAGCAGCUUUGGAAGUCUGAAGAUUUCGGUCAGACGUGGAUAAUGAUCCAGGAGCACGUCAAGUCCUUUUACUGGGGCAUCGCACCUCUUGACAAACCAAACACUGUUUAUGUUGAGCGCCACGAGCCCCGGGGCACGUCUACUGUCCUGCGCAGCGUGGACUUCUUCCAAUCUCGCGAAAACACAGAUAUUGUAAUCGAGGACGUGGACGGCUUCCAGCUACGGGAAAACUACCUGUUUGCCACCAAGACCACGCAUCUCCUGGGCAGUAAGGACCAGACCUCCGUACAGCUGUGGGUUUCAUACAGCCGCAAACCGAUGCGAUCGGCCCAGUUUGUGACCAGGCAUCCGAUAACUGAAUAUUACAUCACCGAUGUAUCCGAGGAUCAGGUGUUUGCCUGCGUCAAGCACAGCAGUAACGUCACCAACCUGUACAUUUCGGAAGCAGAGGGCCUGCGCUUCUCGCUCUCCCUGGAGAAUGUGCUGUAUGUAAAUCCCGGAGCAGGGAAGGAAACGUUUGUCAGGUACCUUGAGAAUGAACCGUUUGCUGAUGUUCACCGUGUGAAAGGGGUGAGAGGCGUGUACAUUGCUAAUAUAGUCAAUGGGCCUUUUGCCAAAGAGAACGUGGCCUCUGUCAUCACCUUUGACAAAGGAGGGACGUGGGAGUUUCUCUUGGCUCCAGGAUACAGCGAUGAGGAGGCAGCUCGUUGCCCGAUCUCAAAGGACUGUCACCUCCAUCUGGCCCAGCCGCUCAGCCAGCUGACGUCACAGGGGCGUGUUAUGCCCAUUGUCACCAAGGACUCUGCUCCAGGGCUAAUUGCAGCGACUGGUUCUGUAGGAAAAGAUGUGGUUGGUAAAAUAAACCUGUAUAUUUCCAGCAGUGCCGGUGUAAGGUGGAGAGAGUCUCUUGUUGGACCGCAUUUUUGCACCUGGGGAGAUCAUGGUGGAAUUUUGGUGGCAAUUCCUCAAGGAGUGGAAACCAACCAGUUACAGUACAGUACAAACGAGGGAGAGACGUGGAAACGAUUUAACUUUUCAGAGCGCGUGCUGAUCGUUUACGGGUUACUGACCGAGCCCGGGGAGAAAAGCACCGUGUUCACCAUCUUCGGCUCUUAUUUUGGGAAGGGACACAGCUGGGUUAUACUACAGGUCAACACCAGCAACGUCCUUGGAGUUCCGUGCACGGAGAACGACUAUAAACUGUGGUCCCCGUCCGACGAGCGUGGUAACGAGUGCCUACUGGGGAGCAAAACCGUGUUCAAGAGACGGACCCCCCAUGCCACCUGUUUCAAUGGCGAAGACUUUGACCGGCCUAUUACGACCUCCAACUGCUCCUGCAGCAGACAAGACUUUGAGUGUGAUUAUGGCUUUAAACUAAACCAAGACUUAAGAACUGAAGUCUGCGUUCCUGACCCAGAAUUUGCUGGCAGACUGUACCCUAUCCCCUCUCCUUGCCCAGUGGGCACAACGUACAAGAGAACCAAAGGUUACCGCAGGAUUUCCGGAGAUACCUGCUCUGGGGGAGACGUGGAGACCCGCCUGGAUGGAGAAGAGGUCCCCUGUCCUGUGGGGGAGGAGAAUGAAUUCAUCCUGUACGCCAUGAGGAAUGCUAUUUACCGGCAUGACCUUUUGUCCGGGGUCAGUGAGGAGCUUCCGCUGAAGGGUCUACGUGGCGCUGUAGCCUUGGACUUUGACUAUGAGAGCAACUGCUUAUAUUGGGCGGAUGUCACGUUGGACAUCAUUCAGCGACUGUGCCUGAACGGCAGCUCCGGGCAGCAGAUCCUUGUCAGAAGUGGUCUGGAGACGGUGGAGUCCCUGGCGUUUGAUCCCCUCAGCCAAUUACUUUAUUGGGUCGAUGCCGGCAUAAAAAAAAUCGAGGUUGCCAACCCGGAUGGGGACCUACGUCUGACUCUUGUCAAUUCCUCUGUCCUGGAACGGCCCAGGGCUCUCGCUAUAGUGCCCAAGGCUGGGUUCAUGUUCUGGACGGACUGGGGCGACGAGCGACAUGGAAUCUACAAGAGUGAGAUGGACGGUUCCGCGGUGAGGCAUCUAGUGGCUGAUGGCAUUAAAUGGCCCAAUGGAAUUUCUGUAGAUGAGAACUGGGUCUACUGGACUGAGGCCUAUAUGGAUCGCAUAGAGAGAAUCGACUUCAAUGGGCAGCAAAGGAUGGUGAUCUUGGACAACCUCCCCCAUCCGUACGCCAUCGCAGUGUUCAAGAGUCAGAUCUACUGGGACGACUGGUCCCAACUCAGCAUCUUCAGGGCCUCGAAGUAUAACGGCGCCCAGGCCGAAGUUCUGAUUGGCCGAUUAUCGGGAGUGAUGGAUAUGAAGAUUUUCUAUAAGGGAAAAUGGUCAGGAGAGAAUGCUUGCACGUCAAACCCUUGCCGCCUCUUGUGCCUGCCUAAAGCGAACCACAGCAGAGACUGCCGCUGUCCAGAGGGCGUGAAGGAGGAGGCCGUAUCUUCUGGGGAAGAGCAGUGCGAGUGUCCGCACGGGUACCAGCUGAACAACAAGACCUGUGUGAAGCAGGAAAGCGCUUGCCUGCCCAGCCAGUACCGUUGCUCAAAUGGAAACUGCAUCAGCAGCAUCUGGCAAUGUGAUAACGACAACGACUGCGGAGAUAUGAGCGACGAGAGAGACUGCCCGACCACGUCAUGCGAUCCAGACACCAUGUUCAGGUGCCGGGAAUCAGGGACCUGCAUCCCCCUGUCUUAUAAAUGUGACCUAGAGGAUGACUGUGGAGAUAACAGCGACGAGAAUCACUGUGAGGCUCAUCAGUGUAAAGAAGACGAGUUUAACUGCAGCUCAGGAAUGUGUAUCCGCCAGUCCUGGGUGUGUGACGGGGACAAUGACUGCAGAGAUUGGUCUGAUGAGACAAACUGUACAGCAAUCUCGCAUACGUGUGAGCCCUCAAGCUUCCAGUGCCUUGACAGUCACUGCAUCCCCCAGCGAUGGGUGUGUGACGGGGACGCCGAUUGCCAGGACGGCUCUGAUGAAGAUCACGGCAUCUGUGAGAAGAAGUGCAACGGGUUCCAGUGCAGAAACGGCACCUGCAUCCCGUCCGGCAAACACUGCAACGGGCUGAAGGAUUGUGCAGACGGUGAAGAUGAGCAGCACUGCGAGCCCCUCUGCACCCGUUACAUGGACUUCGUGUGUAAAAACCGUCUCCAGUGCUUAUUCCACCCCAUGGUGUGUGACGGCGUUGCGCAGUGUCGCGACGGCUCUGAUGAAGACCCCACGUACGCUGGCUGCUCUCGAGGUCCAGAAUUUAAGCAGAGCUGCGAUUCCCAGAGCUUCUCCUGCCUGAACGGCAUCUGCAUUAGCCUGGUCUGGAAGUGCGACGGGAUGGAUGACUGCGGAGACUACUCGGACGAGGCAAACUGUGCCAACCCUACAGACACGCCUGCCUGUGCCCAGAAUUACCAGUUCCAGUGUGAGAACGGGCACUGCAUACCCACACGGUGGAAGUGCGACAGUGAGAACGACUGUGGUGAUUGGUCUGACGAGAAGGGCUGUGGAGAGACCAUUCCCCAGACCACCACAAGACCAUCUACCUGUCCAGCCAAUCAUUUCCAAUGUGACAACGGGGUCUGCAUCAUGAACACCUGGGUGUGCGAUGGCUACAAGGAUUGUAUAUAUGGCUCUGAUGAGGAGGGCUGUCCCAGUGCAGUCGUCGCCACAGUUCCCACCACCGCCGCCUCGCGUGACCGCUGCAGCCGCUCCGAGUUUGAGUGCCCCAAUGGGAAGACCUGUAUAUCCAAAUGGAAGCUGUGCGAUGGGGUCAGUCAUUGCCAGGACGGAGCGGAUGAGCUGAAUUGUCCUACUCAUAGACCCUCCUCCUGCGCCAACGGCACUCAGUGCGAUGACGGGGAGGCCUGCAUUGCGCUGUCCGACCGCUGUGACGGCUUCCUGGAUUGUUCUGACGGCAGCGAUGAAAAUAAUUGCACUGAUGACAGCGUCGUGUACAAGGUUCAGUCUCUCCAGUGGUCGGCUGAUUUCUCUGGCAAUAUUACUCUGACGUGGGCCAGGCCGAAGAAGAUGCCGCUGUCUUCCUGCGUUUACGUCGUCUAUUACAGGGUCAUCGGGGAGAGCACGUGGAAGAUCCUGGACACUCAGAGCAGUAAAACCAUCUGCGUGUUAAAGAUCCUGAAGCCCGACACCACAUACCAGGUGAAAGUGCAGGUGCAGUGUCUGCGCAAAGUGCACAACAGCAACGACAUACUGACUCUGAGGACCCCGGAAGGGCUUCCUGAUGCACCGGAGCACCUGCAGCUCUCUCUAAAUAAAGAACUCCCGUCCGCCAUCACCAGUUGCUGGUCGCCACCUGCACGCAUCAGUGGGUUAAUCCGGGAGUAUGUGGUAGAGUAUACGACAAACACUACAAAGGGCUGGACGUCUCUCAGUGCGCAGGGAAAUUGCAUUGAUAUUAAGUUUUUAGAAACCAACACGAUGUAUUCUGUGCGGGUGGCCGCUGUUACCAGCCGCGGAGUCGGUGAAUGGAGCGUCACCAAAUCUAUAAGCACGGAUGAGGGGAAAGUUGUGCCGCCACCUACCAUAAAGAUUCACAGCGUUAAUGAGGACUCAGUGGAUUUCACUGUGAAAGUAGACUCCAAUAUUCCGAUAGCUGGCUACACAGUGUCGUUAUCGUGGGAGUUUGAUACACACUUUCAGGAGAAAAGAACAUUACAGUUUGACGGAAGUACGGUCUCACAUACAGUGAGUAAUUUAACGGCACAGACUGCAUAUGAGAUUUCUGCCUGGGCGAAGUCUGAUUUCGGAGAGAGUACCAUGGCGUUCAAACACUUUACCACCGCUGGCACCAAACCGCUGGCCCCGAGUCUUAAGGCGAAGGCAGCCAAUCAGACGACGGUGGAAUGCAUCUGGGUCGGCGUGAGGAAUGUGACGUAUGGUGUCUUUUAUGCCACGUCCUUCUCAGAACUGCACCGGAAUCCACUCAACGUCACGACGACUCUCCACAACGUGACGGUCGUUGUGAACAGAGACGAGCAGUACUUGUUUUUGGUCCGUGUAAUAUCCCCUUAUCAAGGCCCCCCUUCAGAUUACGCUGUGGUCAGGAUGAUCCCUGAUAACCGGUUACCUCCUCGCCACCUUCAUGCCGUACGUGUUGAUAAAACAUUCGCCAUCAUGAAAUGGGAGUCUCCGUACGAUUCGCCGGACAGUGUGAUGGCAUAUAUCCUGUCUGUGAAGGAUUUAAUCACAAAGACAGAGAGGAGUUACAAGGUGAACACCCAGAACAGCACAAUAGAGUACAGACUCGGGAACCUGGAACCGGGAGCCAAAUACAGUGUGAUCGUCCAACUGCGCAACAUGAGCAAAGAGUCUAGUACCAAAGUGAGCACAGUUCCUCUCCCGGCCCCGGAAGCCCUGAAACUCAUAAGUGAGAAGGACCACAUUCUGCUGCUCUGGAAAAGUUUGGCACUGAGAGAGAAGAACUUUAAUGAGUCCAGAGGCUAUGAAAUACACGUUUUUGACAGUUCUAGUAACACCUCGACGGCUCUAGGAAACACAACUGAAACCUUCUUCAAAAUCUCUAACCUGAAAAUGGGACACAACUACACGUUUACUGUGCAAGCCCGAUGUCUGUACGGCGGUCAGAUCUGUGGGGAACCCGCCCUGCUCCUUUAUGACCAGCUUGGAACCGAGAUGGACGCCCUGCCUUCCCGUGGUGUCCAGUCCACUGAUGUGGCUGCUAUAGUCGUCCCAGUUCUGUUCUUGCUGCUAGUGGCAACGGGCUGCGGUUUCAUCAUCUUGUACAUGCGACAUCGGAGGCUCCAGAACAGUUUCACAGCGUUUGCAAACAGCCACUACAGCUCGCGCCUUGGGUCCGCUAUCUUCUCAUCUGGGGACGAUAUAGGUGACGAUGACGAUGAUGCUCCCAUGAUAACCGGCUUUUCAGAUGAUGUCCCUAUGGUGAUAGCAUGAAGCUUGUUCUCUCCCGGGUUUAAACCAAAUGAUGUAAAUAUUUUAAUUUCCAGGGAAUAGUGAAUUUGUUUCCUUUUUUUAUUUUCUGUUUUUUAUUUUUUCAAAUGCACUUUGAGUUGCAAUGUUAUUUUUAUAUGGGCCAAAAAAAAAAAAAAAAAAAGGACUUUGUAGUACUCAACUGUGAAAUGCAAAAUAAUGUUUAACCAAAUACUAAUGGUUCUUUAAUCAGAGUUUGACCCCUUCAGCCCUGAGCAUAGUGCCCAGUCAUCACCACCCUGUUUGCUUGGUGCAGAGCGUGUUCUCACAAAACGGGCAUCUUUAGGUUAUGAUUGAAGUACGAGACCCCUGUACAGCUGUCCCUGAGGUGUCUUACUGACUGCUCUGCAAGACUCUGGGUAUAGGCGACUGCACAUGUCCCAAAUGGCUGUCUCUUUGCACUCAAGGCUGUAGCAUUGUAUAGAUUUAUUGAUUGUGGGCUGACAGAGCUGAAGAGGUUAAUGUGAACAUUUUAGGACUUCAUCUGCUGGCUGUGGAUACACGUGUAAGAUUUACCAAUCUAAAGAUCGCUUAUUUAUAUAUAGGGGGAGGGGGGGAUAAACAGCCUGCGCUGUAGCGUUGUCCUCUGCCUGGGCUGGCGGGUACUGAGGAAAUGUCGCAAAUUUUUUUUUAAAGUCACAAAAUUAUUUUAAAAACUAUUCUCGGACAUCACACUAAUAUUCCGGCCUGCUGAAAUCAGUGCACAUGGAGAAUAGCACUUUAUGAAAAUAAAAAGUUAGAUAGCUGCCAUUUUCAGCAGCCAAAUCGCUCUUUGUAUGUAGCUUUCUCUGUCCUCCAUCUGGGGGAUGCUGCGCCGUUACUUGUGGGUUAGAGGUGUGUGGUAGUGGAGUUUGGCAC